UUCCCGCGGAGCACUCUAUUCACUAGAUCUCAUCUCACUGAAGAGAAAUGUCUGGACGAGGAAAGGGAGGAAAAGGGCUCGGUAAAGGAGGCGCAAAGCGUCACCGCAAAGUUCUCCGUGAUAACAUCCAGGGAAUUACCAAGCCCGCCAUCCGCCGCCUGGCUCGCCGUGGCGGAGUGAAGCGUAUCUCCGGUCUGAUCUACGAGGAGACCCGCGGCGUGUUGAAGGUUUUCCUGGAGAAUGUGAUCCGCGAUGCUGUCACCUACACCGAGCACGCCAAGAGGAAGACCGUGACCGCCAUGGACGUGGUGUAUGCUCUGAAGAGACAGGGCCGCACUCUGUACGGCUUCGGUGGAUAAACUCACUUUACAACAGCUCAACAACACAACGGCUCUUUUAAGAGCCACACA